AUGUUAAAAAUGAAAGUCAGUAUUUUUAAUUUGUUUUGUUUUCAAUUAUUAUUUGUUCUUUUGAAUAUGCCAAAAAAGAUAUUAUCAGAUGCAGACAACCAAUUCGAUUUAAAUAAUUUUUAUCAAUCAACCGUGAGUCUUGCAAAUCAAUUUAAUGCCUACAAUGAUGACGAAGAAAUAAUAAAUCUUAGAAAUAUUAUAAAUUCACAUGUAAAGAACUAUAAAGAAAGUAAUACAACACCCAAUUUAAAUAAUUUAGAUGGGAAAACGAAAAAAUUAAUUCAUAAAAUUCAAAAAGAAUUAAAUGAAGCAAAAAAGAGCUCGAUAAUGAAAGGAAUGGCGAAUUAUCAAUACAGCCAAUACAAGAUAAAAGAGAAUGACGGAGCAGAUAUUCUUACUUGUACCUUUUGUGUCUUUGAUACUUAUUAUUAUCGUAAAGAAAUUUGA